AUGGACGAGGACAACAAUCUCAUGCAUUUUCUUGACGAUACACACAGUUCGCAUUACAGGAAGACACGCGAUGGAUAUUCAUCCCAAAAUGACGGCGAUGAUCACUCCGAUACAUCAGACGCAGAUCCAUCCAAUGCAAGGGACAGAUUGGAAACUCUACUUAACCAACCUGCCAACAAGUUCUGUGCAGAUUGUGGCACCCCAGAUCCAAAAUGGGCGGCUUUGCCUUUCGGUGCGUUCAUUUGCAUCAAGUGCUCUGGAACUCACAGAAGUCUUGGAGUACACAUAUCAAAGUGUGCACAGGUGAUUUCGGUGAAUCUAGACGAAUGGACAGAUGAGGAAGUCAAUUGUUUAGCUAAUUCAGGUGGAAAUGCUACUGUGAACACCAAAUAUGAAGCGUUUUUAUCCGAAAACUACAAAAAGCCAAGACAAGAUUUUGCAACAGAGGACCGUGCUAUUUUCAUUAGGAAAAAAUACGAGCUUCAACAGUUUGUGACUAAUCCACAAUUUGCAUGCCCUUUACACAAACAUGGAGCAGAAAAACGUCAUAACCAGCAACAUAGUGGCAGCAAACAUGGUACUUUCAGAAAUAGCUGGAGGAAAAAGGAAUCCGAAAACAAAGGAGUAAAAAAAAUGAUGGAUGUGGGCAUGGUAGAGUUCGUUGGAUUAAUUAAGGUCGACAUCAUAAGGGGCACAGAUUUAGCUGUUCGUGAUGUGAUGUCAAGUGAUCCAUAUGUUAUGAUUAUACUAGGACACCAAUCUAUGAAAACAAAGGUGAUAAAGAACACACUGAACCCUAUAUGGAAUGAAAGAUUGAUGCUAUCAAUCCCUGACCCAGUGCCGCCUCUUAAAGUGCUAGUGUUCGACAAGGACACAUUCACCUCCGACGACCGAAUGGGAGAGGCUGAAGUUGAUAUCCAGCCAUUGAUCUCUGCAGCAAGAGAGUACCAGAGCUCCAUCAUCACAGAAUCGACACAGAUAUGCACAUUCUUGGCAAGCGAGAACAGCAUUCUAGCCAAGGACAGCAUUAUCUCGAUCGUCGAUGGUAAGGUGGAGCAGGAGAUUGCAUUGAGGCUUCAGAACGUCGAGCACGGGGAGCUUGAGAUCAAGCUUGAGUGCGUGCCCCUCAGUCAGUAG